GCCGACCUUGCCGUAGGGUCAUCGACUCAUCGUGGGAUCCAAGUCCUCCUUUCUUCCCUCCCCUCACCCUUUGCUUGGGCCCAAAACUUGAAAGUUCUCCCCACUUAACCUAACGUAGGCACUCACCACUCACGAGUCACCAAUCUCAAGGUGACUUGAAGUUCUUCGUAGCCUCUUCAUCGUCCGCCCGCUGCCAUGUCCGCCAAACACUUCAUCGACGACCCGGCAAAGCUGGUCGCCGACGCCCUUCACAGCGUCACCCUGACCAACCCUUCCCUAGCCCUUGAUGCCGCCAACAAGAUCGUCUACCGCCGUCCAGACCCAUCCUCCCCUUCCCAAACAGUGGCCGUCAUCUCCGGAGGCGGGUCGGGCCACGAACCCUCCUUCGCCGCCAUGGUAGGCAAGGGCCUCCUCUCCGCCGCCGUCGCAGGGACCAUCUUCGCCUCGCCCUCGGCCGAGCAAGUCCGCACCGCCAUCGUGGGCCGCGUCGACAACGGUUCCGGCGUCCUCGUCACCGUCAUGAACUACACCGGGGACGUCCUCAACUUUGGCGUCGCCGUCGAGAAGGCCCGUGCCGCCGGCUUACGCGUGGAGAUGCUCGUCGUGGGGGACGACGUCGGCGUGGGCCGCGCCAGGGCCGGGAAGGUCGGUCGUCGCGGCAUCGCCGGCACCGUCCUUAUCCAUAAGAUUGCCGGUGCCCUGGCCGCCCGCGGGAGGUCCCUGAAGGAAGUCGCCAAGGUCGCGCGACUCGCUGCCGAGAACCUCGUGAGCGUCGGGGCCAGCUUGGAGCAUGUUCAUGUGCCCGGUCGGGCUGUCCCUGGCGAAGAGGAUGAAGAAGAAGGCGCCCUCGCGCUGGGUGAGGUCGAGCUGGGCAUGGGCAUCCAUAACGAGCCUGGGUCUGGGAGGGCCAGGGAUCUCGAGCUUCCCGAGUUGGUGCGCCGCAUGCUCGCCCAGCUUCUCGACAAGUCUGACGAAGACCGCGCUUUCCUCGACGUCAACUCGAACGAGGUCGUUUUGCUCGUGAACAACCUCGGCGGCGUCAGUGUCUUGGAACUGGGCGGUAUCACUACCGAGGUGGUGGCACAGCUGGACAAGUCGUACGGCAUCUGUCCCGUCCGCAUCCUCAGCGGCACCUACAUGACCAGCUUGAACGGACUGGGUUUCAGUAUCACUCUGUUGAACGUCGUCAACACCGAUAUUGGUGGGCCGGGAAUGGUCGAGUUGCUGGAUGACCCGGCCGAGGCGACAGGCUGGUCCGCUCCCAUCUCCAAGGACACGUGGGAGGCCAAGAACCAGGCUACCCGGGAGGGUGACGCUUCUCAGGAGCAGCAGGUGCAGCCUAGCGGGUUGAAAUACGACGCCUCCGCUGCCACUGAGAGAAUCACUGCUGCGUUGAAGAGCGUCAUCGCGGCUGAGCCUGAGAUCACCAAGUAUGAUACCGUUGUAGGAGAUGGAGAUUGCGGUAUCGGCCUUAAGAGAGGUGCUGAGGCCAUCCUUUCACAUAUCGAAUCCAACCCCCUCACCGGCGAUGCAGUUAUAGACGUCGCUUCCAUCGUGCCCGUUGUCGAGUCCUCCAUGGACGGCACUUCGGGCGCCCUCUACGCCAUCUUUCUCAACUCCCUCGUCGGCGCCCUCCGUGGCCUGGCCGCUUCUACCCAGACCGCCGACGCCUCGGCCUGGGCCGAUGCCCUCCACGAGGGCAGCGACGCCAUGGCCCGCUACACCCCGGCCCGACCGGGAGACCGCACCCUCGUCGACGCCCUCGCCCCGUUCGUCCAGACCCUGGCCGAGACGGCGGACGUGCGCAAGGCGGCAGAGGCCUCUUGCCGAGGGGCCGAGAGCACAAAGGGCAUGAAGGCUAGCCUGGGCCGGAGCGUCUACGUCGGCGGUAGCGGGUUCGAGCAGGUCCCCGAUCCUGGGGCCUGGGGUUUGAGUCGUUUCUUUGCCGGGUUGGCGGGGUCGAACUAGGCUGAUGUGAUAAAAGAAAUAUACUUGUGAGAAAGCACUGAUUGUGACUGACCCAUCAUUUAAUAUCUUCCACAUUGGAAAAUGCUGUUUUUAGCUCAUUUUGGAAGAACGCCUGAUGGGGAAUGGAAGGGAAUAACUUAUUCUAUGUGAGAGAUGGGCGACACGCGGACAUGUACCGGAUUCCCAGGGACGCGGGAGCAUACCUGGACAACGCAGGGGAUUAUGGGGACGUUACAUCGAAGUGCACCGCAGUGCAUGGCGCAAGGCAAUAUUCGAGAAGAAAGAUUUCAUUCGGGCUGACCAUGACCAGCCCGUCUGCUGCCUGGCGAGAGCCGUUGCUCCAAAUAAAACGAAGAGGCGUGUCAAUCAUCUCGCAGGAGGUUAUCCGGACGCCGGGCCGGGACGUCCUGGAUAUUCCACUCAACCGCAGUCAAACGCCCUUACUCUUGACCCCUCCUUUUAGCGGUGGCAUUUCCCUGCC